UGGGGAGAGGUACAUCUUGGAUGCCAUUUGUAAUAUCCGAGUAAGACGUGAUUUAGAGAUAAACUAAAGCAGAAGCUGGUGGGUGCGCAUAUAACUCCUAAACAAAUGAGAGAUAUAUGAAUGAACUAAAAUUACUACGAUCGUAAUCGUAAAGAUGUAAUGAUAACACGAAGAGGAAGAAAGAGAGUGUGAUGGGUGAGGAAGUGUAAUAUGGAGAUGGAGGUGUUCUAGCAAUCGUUUUGGGUGGUCUUCUAUAAAUUUCCAAAUUCCAAACACCAAAAACUCCCAACCGGCAGCAUAGCUUAGCUUGACAACACAACAAGUACAUCAUGGCAACAUUCAAAAUGGCCUUCGACUCUCUUCCUCCUUCCCUCUCUUCUUCUUCCUCCUAUGUUCUCCCCGACCACAUGAGACCUGAUCUCCAACACGUAUCCCACACCAUCUCCCUACCCACCAUUGACUUGAAUCUUCACGACCAAUCCCUUCUCGUCCACCAAGUAUCGGAAGCCUGCCAAAGCUUCGGCUUCUUCCAAGUCACCAACCACGGGAUCCCGCAACGCUUAUGCGACGCCGUCUUGGACACCACCAUCCAAUUCUUCCACCUCCCUCCCCAGCAAAGAAACCAAUACGUGACCACGGAUCACACUAAGAAAGUUAAAAUCUUCAAUUACUACGCCAAGGACGUGGAGGGGCGGAAGAUCAAUCUGUGGAGCGAAACCUUCACGCUUCCGUGGGAUCCGGUGGGGCAGGAAUUUCUAAGUGACGUACCCCAAAACCCACCUCAAUACAGGGAAGUGUACGGGGAGUACGCCAGGGAAAUGGGAAGGCUAAUGGAAAGGGUUUUGGGGCUGAUGUCGUUGGGGCUGGGGCUUGACGAGGGGGCUCUCAAGAGGAGCAUAGGGGAGAAGCCGGAGCUGUACUCGCAGGCUAAUUACUAUCCCCCCUGCCCACAACCAGAGCUCACCAUGGGCCUCGGCACUCAUACUGAUAUUGUGGCCAUUGCUGUGCUGUUGCAGACCCAGGACGCCGCUGGCCUUCAGAUCAUGAAGGAUCAGCAAUGGGUCUCUCUCCUUCCUCGUCCAAAUUCAUUGGUCGUUAAUGUGGCCGAUCAAAUUCAGGUAUUGAGCAAUGGAAGGUAUAAAAGCGUGAUCCACAGGGCUGUAACCAACAGCGCGAGGAGAAGAUUAUCGCUAGUAAUGUUCUAUGCACCCAACGACGAGACGGUGAUCAAGCCCAUUGAGGAGCUGACGGACGAACACCACCCGCCCCUCUACAAAACCUUCACUUACAAACAAUUCAUGCACCAAUUCCGCGCACAAGAAGGAACAAUAAGAAGAGUCAAGGAGACUUUCCAGCUCACCAACUCUCUCAACACCUAAAUGCUUGCUCCUUUCUUUAACCAAAUGGGCCCUCGCCCCAAUUCUGUACAACAACCAAUGCUGUUCUGGACCAAAACACCAUUUCUCUCGCUUUGGUGUAGUAAAUACGAUGCCACAUCAGAUAAGGGGUUGGUUAUUUGGCACGUGUGUUUUUUUUUUCCAAAAUGCCAACAGCGAUGCCACGUCGUUGGAUGACUCAUCCCACUUCAGCUUACAUUUUGGAUCCGUAAAACUGUAUAUUUAUUUAAUUAAUUACGCACAGUUAGUUGGGAACCAGAAGUGGGGGCAGAGAAAAGGAAAAUGAAUGUGAGGCCGAUAGGAGGGUGGGGGUUAAAAAGUGAGGCGCCCAAUUAUAUUCCAC